CGCAAGACUGCUAACAAUCAUAAUUCUCUGGGCUGAAGCCUCAAAUUUGCAGACCGUCAGAGCUUCUUCAUACACGCGACGCGAUCCUCCCAAGCUUGCAGGAUCUGCCCUGGCAUUGACCAAACAAGAAGGAAGUGAGAUAGAGAGACGAGAAGAGUCGCGCAGGCUUCCUGCGCACCUCCUGCGAAGAUGGCGACUACUUCUAAUAUGUUUCUCUACUCACUGACCAUACAACCUCCUACCACCAUAACACAAGCUAUCCUCGGUCAGUUUUCGGGCACGAAAGAGCAGCAGAUCAUCACUGCCUCCGGCUCGCGGCUCACGUUGCUUCGCCCCGAACCGUCCCAGGGCAAAGUCAUCACCCUGUUGUCCCACGAGAUUUUCGGCAUUAUUAGGUCCGUCGCCGCUUUUCGUCUAGCAGGAAGCAGCAAAGACUAUAUCAUCCUGGCCACCGAUUCCGGGCGCAUCGCGAUCGUUGAGUACAUUCCGCAGCAGAAUCGCUUCAAGCAGCAGAAACUUGAGACUUUCGGGAAGUCCGGGGUGCGCCGGGUUAUCCCAGGACAGUACCUCGCCUGCGAUCCCAAAGGCCGAGCAUGUCUCAUCGCGUCGAUCGAGAAGAAUAAGUUGGUUUAUGUUCUGAACCGAAAUGCCCAGGCCGAGCUUACUAUUUCUUCGCCUCUCGAAGCGCAUAAGCCGGGGACAAUCGUGCUAUCAAUGACGGCUUUGGAUGUCGGCUACGCGAAUCCCGUCUUCGCUGCGCUAGAGGUCGACUAUACCGAGGCGGACCAGGACUGUUCGGGUCAGGCCCUUGCUGAAGUUGAGACCCAGCUUGUCUACUACGAGCUAGACCUAGGCUUGAAUCAUGUCGUCAGAAAGUGGCAUGAACCGGUGGACCCGACUGCGUCGAUACUGUUCCAAGUACCCGGUGGCAAUGAUGGUCCCAGUGGCGUUCUAGUGUGUGGAGAGGAAAACAUCACUUAUAGACACUCAAACCAGGAAGCAUUCCGAGUCCCGGUGCCGAGAAGGAAAGGUGCCACCGAAGAUCCCCAGCGCAAACGAUCCAUCGUGUCCGGCGUCAUGCACAAGCUUAAGGGGAACGCCGGCGCCUUUUUUUUCCUUCUCCAAACGGAAGAUGGUGAUCUCUUUAAGGUCACCAUUGAUAUGGCCGAAGAUGAUGAUGGGAAUGCCACCGGAGAAGUGCGACGACUGAAAAUCAAGUAUUUUGAUACGGUCCCCGUCUCUACGAGCCUUUGUAUCCUCAAAAGCGGCUUCUUGUUUGUUGCCAGCGAAUUCGGAAACCACCAUUUUUACCAGUUUGAAAAGUUGGGCGACGAUGAUGACGAGCUGGAAUUUUCUAGCGACGACUUCCCCACAGACCCCCAGACGCCAUACAAACCCGCCUAUUUUUACCCGAGGCCAGCUGAGAAUUUGAGUCUCGUCGAAAGUAUCGAUUCCAUGAAUCCCUUGACCGAUUGCAAGGUUGCGAACCUGACCGGAGACGACGCACCACAAAUCUAUUCAAUCUGUGGCAGCGGUGCGCGAAGCACGUUCAGAAUCCUAAAACACGGUCUUGAGGUUAAUGAGAUUGUGGCCUCGGAGCUUCCUGGUGUCCCGUCCGCAGUUUGGACCACGAAGCUGAACCGUGAUGACCAGUACGACGCUUAUAUCAUUCUUUCGUUUAGCAACGGCACCCUGGUUCUGAGCAUCGGUGAGACCGUUGAGGAGGUUACCGACACGGGGUUUCUCUCGUCGGUUCCCACCCUCGCCGUCCAGCAACUUGGCGAGGACGGCCUUAUCCAAGUCCACCCCAAAGGUAUCCGGCACAUCGUCAGAGGGCGAGUGAACGAGUGGGAGGCCCCGCAGCACAGGUCUAUCGUUGCUGCCUCUACCAACGAACGCCAAGUUGCAGUCGCCCUAAGUUCGGGGGAAAUUGUUUACUUCGAGAUGGCCGACGACGGCUCGUUGGCCGAAUACGAUGAAAAGAAAGAGAUGUUCGGAACCGUCACCUGUUUGAGCUUGGGCGAAGUGCCUGAAGGCCGCUUGCGAAGCUCAUUCCUAGCCGUCGGGUGCGACGACUGCACUGUUCGAAUUCUAAGCCUGGAUCUCGAGUCUACGCUCGAGAGCAAGUCGGUGCAAGCUUUGACUGCCGCCCCAUCUGCGCUUUCCAUUAUGUCUAUGGAGGACUCGUCCUUUGGCGGCUCGACUUUGUACCUCCAUAUCGGCCUUCACUCCGGUGUCUAUCUCCGGACUGUCCUAGACGAGGUCACCGGAGAACUGACGGACACCCGCCAGAAGUUUCUCGGGCCUAAAGCCGUGCGGCUCUUCCAGGCGUCAGUCCAGGGCCACACCUGCGUGUUGGCGCUCAGCUCGAGGACUUGGUUGGGAUACUCGGACCCGAUUACCAAGGGCUUCAUGAUGACACCGCUCGACUAUAGCGACUUAGAGUGGGGUUGGAACUUCAGCAGUGAACAGUGCGAGGAGGGGAUGGUGGGAAUCCAAGGCCAAAAUCUCAAGAUCUUCUCCAUCGACAGGUUGGGAGAUACCCUCCUACAACAGUCGAUACCGCUCACAUAUACCCCCAAACGUCUCGCCAAACACCCCGACCAACCCUACUUCUAUACCAUCGAGUCCGACAACAAUACCUUACCACCCGAACUACGUGCGCAGCUUCUCGCUGACCCUGGCGUCGUUAAUGGAGACGCAGCCGUGUUGCCGCCUGAGGAGUUCGGAUAUCCCAAGGCCCGCGGUCGUUGGGCAUCGUGUAUCAGCGUCGUCGACCCACUCACGGAGAAGCGAGUCCUGCAAACGUUAGAUCUGGGGGAUAAUGAAGCCGCCGUCAGCAUGGCUACGGUCUCGUUCGCGAGUCAAGACAAUGAGACUUUCCUCGUAGUCGGUACUGGGAAGGAUAUGAUUCUUAAUCCCCGUCAGUUCACAUCGGGUUUUAUCCACGUCUACAGAUUCCGCGACAACGGCCGAGAGAUCGAAUUUAUUCAUAAGACCAAGGUAGAGGAGCCGCCGAUGGCAUUGGUCCAAUUCCAGGGUCGUCUACUAGCGGGAAUCGGCAAAACUCUUCGCGCCUACGAUCUCGGGCUGCGCCAGCUCCUCCGAAAGUCUCAAGCCGAGGUUGCCCCCCAGCUUAUUGUUUCGCUACAAACCCAAGGGAGCCGCGUCGUGGUCGGCGAUGUGCAACAGGGCGUGACUUAUGUCGUUUAUAAAUACGAAAGCAACAAGCUGAUACCAUUUGUCGACGAUACGGUGCCCCGCUGGACAAAUUGUACGGCCAUGGUCGACUACGAGUCGGUUGCUGGUGGGGACAAAUUCGGGAAUAUCUGGAUCGUGCGAUGCCCGCAAAAGGCGAGCGAGGAAGCCGACGAAGACGGCAGCGGAGCGCAUCUACACCAUGCCAGAGAAUACCUGCACGGUGCUAGUCACCGUGUGAGCCUAAUGGCCCACUUCUACACACAAGAUGUGCCCACGAGCAUAAGCAAGACCAAUCUCGUGGUUGGCGGGCAAGAUGUGCUCCUCUGGAGCGGUAUACAAGGAACCAUCGGCGUAUUCAUCCCGUUCAUCAGCCGCGAAGAUGCCGAUUUCUUCCAAAGUCUCGAAUCGCACAUGCGAACGGAGGAUGCGCCGCUCGCCGGAAGAGAUCAUCUCAUAUAUAGGAGCUAUUAUGCUCCUGUGAAAGGGGUAAUCGACGGGGAUCUAUGCGAAAGGUUUGCAUUGCUUCCGAACGACAAGAAGCAGAUGAUUGCGGGAGAAUUGGAUCGGUCGGUUAGAGAAAUCGAAAGGAAGAUAUCGGUAAGCGAGUUUUCUAACACCCCCUCCCCCCACCCCCUUUAGUCCACGGCCUCCAAUUGACAUUGGUCUAGGAUGUACGAACUCGAUCAGCAUUUUAGGGAGGGGCCAAUUAGCGGCAUGGCGCUUGGAGUCAAUGUAUGGAGUUCUGUGCUGUAUCUGCUAAAACAGACGCGUUCGAGUUCUCAUGUCGGAAUACCUCACAAAGCUAGUCG